GUCUCCUCCUCUCUGCUUUCAAGACGCAGAGCGGCGGAGUAGCGGAGCGGAGCCAUGGGAAAGCUUCAAGAAUUUGAUAUUACUUUCACCAACAACAAGGUGGUUUACGGCCCGGGAGAGUCCAUAAGCGGAACUGUGAAAAUACGAACCGGCAACUCGCUGCAGUACAAAGCCAUCAAGGUGAACUGUCAGGGCUCAUGUGGUAUCUCCAACAAAGUGAACGACAGCUCGUGGACUCUGGAGGAGCAGUACUUCAACAGCACAUUGUCUGUUGCUGACAAAGGAACUCUGGUGCCGGGCGAACACAGUUUCCCUUUUCAGUUUCUCAUUCCAGUUGCUGCCCCUACAUCCUUUGAGGGACCAUUUGGAAAGAUUAUUUACCGUGUGAGAGCGGCCAUCGACACGCCUCGCUUCUCUAAGGACUACAAAGCCCACAGGCCCUUCUACCUACUCAACCUGCUCAACCUCAAUGAGGUGCCGGACAUUGAACAUCCGAGUCACGCUGUGACCACUAAGAAGUUCAGCUACCUCCUGGUGAAGACGGGGACCCUGAUGUUGAAAGCUCGCAGUGACAUGAGGGGUUACAUCCCUGGUCAGGUCAUCAAGUUGGCCACUGAGAUCCACAACAAGUCUGGGAAGGACACGGGAUGUGUACUGGCCAGUCUCAUACAGAAAGUGACCUAUAAGACCAAGCGGCCUAUGUUUGACCUGCGCACCAUCGCAGAAGUGGAGGGAGCCGGAGUGAAAGCAGGAAAACACGCAGAGUGGAAAGAGCAGAUCAUCGUCCCUCCUCUUCCUCAGUCAGCGCUGGCCGGCUGCAGCCUCAUAGACAUUGACUAUUUCAUUCAGGUCUCACUAAGAUCUCCAGAGGCAGUCGUCACUCUGCCCAUCUACAUUGGGAACAUUGCUGUGAACUUGUCUCCGUCGAGACCAAUGCCCUCCACUCCAAUCCACUGCGGCGCGACCAUCGCACCCAGCGCAGCAGGCGUGACACCCAGCGCCCCGCCAGUGGAGGAGGAGCCAGAUGAGGGGCUGUGUGCAGGAGGCAUGGUCAGUGAGGAGAUUCCUACCAAGAGUCACUCUCAGCAGGAUCCCUCAGGUCAGCCAGUCACCAUGUCCCCCAGCGCCUUUAGCCACGCUCCCGGCGCAGCCCUCCCUCCGGGCCACAGACGGCCCAACGCGUCCGCUCCCCUGUUCUGUGUGUCCACCGGGGCCACCAUACCUUUCUUCACUGAGGGAAACGUGACUCCUGUCCCUACUUCCUGUUCUCUCAUCCUCCCCCCAGAAUACAGCAGCUGGGACUACCCUCACGAGCCCCCACCCACUUAUGAGGAAAGCUGCAGUAGCGCCAACUCCAGUUUCAACAGUAGACAGUAGAGAAGAAACAGGCGUAGGCAUCAUGGCCCCGCCCACCCACACCUGUCUGCACUCGCCUCUUGACAGAAAAUCAGGACACAGACACUGGGUUAAAAAGGAUAGACUACGGAUCCACCCUUGAACACCCCAAAGAUUGUUUCUUUGUCCUCUAAUGAGUAAAAAAAGGGAUCAUAUCUUAUAUUGAAUAUAAGUUUUAAUUUCACCUCAUGUCCCAGCAGGUAGUGUCAGACAGAACGGGUGAACAUCACUGUGCCUAAAAGAAGUAUUUUGGAUCAGCAUACAGGAUUUAGAAUAUUUAGUGAUUGGACAUGUUUCUGUCACGGGGCAGGGUAAAAUCACGGUUUGUCAGUGAAUUUUUGCAUCUGUGAUGCCUUGAGAAUAAUUUCGGCCUACUGAAGGCAUGUGUUUGACAAGAUCAAACGUUGGCCUUUUUCACAGUCUUGUUCCAAUUGUGCACUUGUUAUUUUGGUCCACUGGUGUCUGUUUGUGUCUCAGUUGUCCCCAUCAUCAACAGGACAGAGCUGUCUUCAUGCUGGAUAUUGAAAGGAGACCUUGUUGCCAGUGGUUGUGGCUUGUCUGUAAAACUAUUUAAAACCCCUGUGUGUAGGAUUUUUCUUACUCAACUAAUCCAGUCAAAAAUCUGUGAAUUUUUAAACAUAGUUUUUGUUGACAUCAAUCAACCAUUUGGAAUAUUUACAUUUUCAUGUUUAAAAAUUUGUUUCCAAACAUGAUCCUUUAUGUUGAGAAAAUGACACACAGAACUGCUCUGUUUAUUGGAAGUGAUAAGUGAUCAUCUCUGAACCCCCGCCCUGUGUUAUAUAACUGAGAGGUUUUGCUUUGACAUCAGUUUUGUAUUCAGAGGACAAUGUAUCUGCAGAUGAAACUCAUUUUUCCUGCAGCUGGAUAUAAGGACUGCAGCACUGAUGCAGUCUUCCUCUGCCCUCCUGUGGUCAUCGCUGGUACAAGCAUUACCUCAACUUGUCUUGAAACUGGAGCUUAACAUAGUCAGCCCUGCAAAGUGAAACACUUCACUGAGUCCCUACUUGUGUGUGUUGAUCACAGCUUAGUGAGCAUACUCUGAAAUUUCAGUCUGUGCAGAUGAUAAACAUACAUGUGCACAACUCAGCACUUUUUACAGUUUGAGUGCGUCGGUUUCUGGGGGCACUCUGUGUGUGUGUGUGUGUGUGUGUGCUUGAGAGAGAGAGAGAAAUAGAGCACAUUUGAACAAGAUCAUAAGUUCCCCUUAGGUCUAUUUUCACUCCAACUUUGUUUAUGAUUCAGCAUUUGUGUUAAGUUGUCUAUUAGAGACUUUUUUCUUUCCCUGUGUAGGGUUGGGUGGUAAUUCAACAUUAUUAAGUUUCAGGGUAAUCAUAUCGUGAUCUGAUCUUCUUACGUUAACAUUCCCCAAAUUUCUCUUGUCCAAAUUAAUUAAUGUGAGCAAGUUGUAACAAAAUGUGUUACUACACAUAUAAAAAGUUUGAUCUCUUGGAACACAGUUAAUCUUAUAUCUGAUUUUGCAUAUUUCACUGACAAUCUUAAGCACAACUGCUGUAUUGAAAGUUUUUCUAACUAUUGAUGUUUGUCUUAUUUUAUACAUGUUUCAAUACAAUCUCAAUAGUCCAUUCUGUGAAUUUAGAACAGUGCUGGCUCCUGACUGCAGAUCAUAUUGCCACUUGUUAUUUUAUUUUUUAUUUUUUAUUUAACUCUUAAAUUAUUUUGUGAGACACACCAGCUCUAAAAUUUCCACAGACAAACUGCUUUUACUGUUAAAACCUGACAGUCACCCAAACUAUGGUGUUCUGGCUCUACAUUAUUGUGAAUGCAUGCCUUAAACAAUCUGGACUCCAGCCACCCCUUCCAGAAGCUUCUUCUCUGUCAGGGUGGACAUCAGGAUAUGCUCGUGCAACUCUUCCUGCUUUGUCUCCUGUGGACUGUGCUAAGUGCACUUGAUGUAUACAAAUGUAGCUUUUAAAAAAACAGCGAGGACACUGGACUUUAGACCUGUUUUUAUUCUUAUUUUAGAAAAUAUGUGCAAUUCCUCUCAUCUCCAAGAACGCUGCAGCAGCUGCAGCUCCGUGAAGUCACUUCAUGUUGCCUUUAUCAAUCCCAAUUUGUUGAUUUGAUUUCUUCACCACCAAAAGGUACUAUAGCUUUAUGAAGCCCCACUUGUUCUGUGUUUUUUUUUCAUUCUUUCCCCCUCACAUAUUGAUGAGUGGUGUCUGGUUUUGUAUUUUUCUACUUGUAAACUGUUUACAGGUGCAGUAUGCAGAUACUAAUCGUAGCACCUCAAUCAGUAAGUGUAAUAUUUCAACUUGCAGUGCAGAAUCAAAGUUGUACUGUACAGUAUAACAAUAAAAUUAUAUGACGUG